AUGGCUUCGGUCCUCGUUUUGACGCAAUUCACCGCCAGCCCGGAAUCCGCCACCUGGGCGGGCCACAAGGACAUCGGCGCCGCUGUCGACAGUAUUUGUCAAUACUACGAGCAGCAGCUUAAGCUGACGAAUUACGCGGGCGUGGACGCUACCUAUACCGUCGAGAACUUGUUCGACUUCAUAGAUCAGCUGUACGAUAUUUGUCUUUUAAUAAUGGAGCGCGAUGUGUACGUUCCCCAUGGCAGGGAGUGGAUUAAAAAGCAAGUGUUUCAGCAGUUGAAGGUUCAGGCUGCUCACUAG